UCUUAAACACAAACAAUUGGUGACGGCGCCAACAAUCCAACUCCAACGCAACAACGCCCUUUGGUAACUCCGUACACGUCACACCGCCAUCGUUUCCCCCUUUUAUCAUUUUCUCCGCCAAUUUUCAUUCGACUCUUUUCUUCAUUUUUUUGAUCAAUUCAAUUCCACCUUUUGACAAAACAACUUCUGCUUCCUCUUCAUCAUUAGCUACCAAAUUGUGCUACUUGAGUUGGGAAUUUUGACUACAAUUUACCCAAUAUGAGUUUCGAGGACCUCGAAUCGGGCCGGGCCUUGAUUCCUCUGGCGGGGCCAAGGCACAUUGAGCACGGCCCGUCUCGAGCCCUCGCCGCUGGCGUCUUCAGGAUCAACACCGCCGUCGCGGGAUAUAAACGCCUCGUCAAUUGCAUCGGAGCUCCGAGAGACACCAUCGACCUCCGUCAUAAUCUCCGUAAAACUAGGUUACAGAUUAGGGAGCUGGUGAAGGAGACUUCAGCAGAGCUUGAUCGUGUCAGACAAACCUACAAGUAUAACGAAGUCAAUGACAGCAAGAAAAUUUCUGAUGCUAAGCUUACAAAAGAUUAUGAAUCUGUUCUGAAAGACUUUGAAAGGGCUCAGCUUCUUGCAGCAGAGAAGGAAAAGGCUUUUCCUCACCCCAUUGCUAAUAAUACUCGUCAGCCGAGCAAUAGAGCCAGUGAGCUGGAGAUAAGUUCUUUGAAUCCCAUGCAGGCGUCUCUGGUUAGAGAAUCCAAUAGACAGGUCAUGCAUAUGGAAAAUGAGAUAGUUCUUAAUGAAGCCAUUAUUGACGAAAGGGAGCAAGGCAUCAGAGAAAUUCAGAAGGAAAUUGGUGAGGUCAAUGAAAUCUUCAGGGAUCUGGCUCAGUUGGUUAGUGCACAAGGAGCUUUGAUAGGCGAUAUAAGCUCAAAUAUUGAAAGUUCCCAUGCUGCAACCGGUGAAGGUGCUAACCAACUUGCUAAAGCAUCCAAAACACAAAGAUCUACAUCAUCUAUGACUUGUUUGAUGCUGGUUAUUGUGGGGAUCAUUCUGCUCAUCGUAGUGGAUCGCUGCUUUGUUUACCGGCUGGUACAGAUGAAUUUUAUUUCCUUUAUGUAACUUUUUACCAUGUACAUAAUUCUACCGGGGCAUUUUUUUUGUCUAAAGGGAGAAGAUAAUAUGCAAGUCUUUCCCAUAUAUGGAGUACUACUACUCCUAUUUCAUAUUCUAA